AUGGCAUCAGCUGUCUCAAAGCGCCUUGAGGGCAAGACAAUUCUCAUCACCGGAGCAUCUUCCGGCAUCGGAAAGGCCACAGCUUUUGAGUUCGCCCGCACCAGCCCCAAGAACCUCAAGUUGGUCUUGACAGCACGACGGAUUGACAAUCUUCGUCAGAUCGCCGAAGAUAUCGUCAAGGAAGUUGGCGAUGGCGUCAAGGUGCACCCCGUCCAGCUCGACGUCAGCAAGCCUGAAGAGGUGCGGUCUUUCGUGAGCAAAUUGCCCGCAGAGUUUAGGGAGAUCGAUGUCUUGGUUAAUAAUGCCGGUCUUGUCAAGGGCGUUGAUAAGGCUCCGGAGAUCAAGGAGGAAGACAUCAACGUCAUGUUCGCUACCAAUGUCACAGGCUUGAUCAACAUGACACAAGCCAUCCUCCCUAUCAUGCUGAAGCGCAACAACGGUGAGGGAGCUGGUGACAUCAUCAACAUUGGCUCCAUCGCAGGUCGUGAGCCAUACAUUGGCGGUAGCAUCUACUGUGCAACUAAGGCUGCUAUCCACUCCUUCACUGAGAGUCUGCGCAAGGAGCUCAUCUCAAAACGCAUCAGAGUCAUCAGAAUCGAUCCUGGCCAGGUGGAGACCGAGUUCUCGGUAGUCAGAUUUUACGGGAACAAGGAAAAGGCCGAUGCAGUCUAUGCUGGCUGUGAGCCUUUGACACCAGAUGAUAUUGCUGAAGCGAUUGUAUUUGCUGCUGGCAGAAGGGAGAAUGUAGUCAUUGCUGAUACCUUGAUAUUCCCCAACCACCAGGCUGCGGCUACGAUCAUGCACAGAAAGAGCUAG